AUGUACAACGAUGACGAAGAUGACGUUCCGAUGGGACCACCUGCAGCUAAACAAGCUAAACCGAUGCUCAACACUCAAAUGGCUUUUUUGCAAUCGCAACUGGCCCAGAAGAAAGCUGCAUUACAACAAAAAGCUAGACAAACAGUUAAAUCAUCAGCACCUCCUCCCCCAGUAAUUGAUCUCUCCGCCCGAAAUCGUCCGCUUUCUUCUGCCGUCACUCCAAAACCUUUUCAACCUAUUCGUGCGAAUCCAGUUACUGAAAAUAUAAGUUUCCUUCCUAAGGCAGCAACUGACGAAAGUGUGAUGAUAUUCGGAGAAGAACAUAUUAAAUGUGAGUAUUAUCCGAUGGUUCCCAAUAAUUUCGAAGUACUCGCGAAAGAGAUAAAUGAUCGCAAACAAAGAGAAAAAACAGCAAGAGAAGUAGCUAAACGAUUACAAAGAGAGCACGAAGAAGAGGAUAAAAAACGGUCAAAAGGAGCAGCUAUUGCGCCUCCAACAAUGCUCAUUGAACCAGAACCAGAAGUUAUUAAAAUCAAUGAUGAAGUACAAGAAGACAAACCACAACCUUCAUUCAAGCCACCAUCAUUCCUUCCUGCAUUUGGAAAAGCUACGAGUAGAGGCCUUGGAAUCGCAGCGAAUAUUAUGAAAAAGCAUGGAUACCGGGAAGGACAAGGACUUGGAAAAUCCGAACAAGGAAUGAGUACAGCUCUGCAGGUAGAGAAAGUUGGAGUUCGUGCUGGAAACAUUGUUGGUGAAACUCCAAAAGCACCCACUUUUGCUACAAAUUCGAUGGAAGCUGUUCAAAAUGCUACGAAAGUUCUUCAACUAUGGAAUUUGACGGAAGUGUCAGAAGUUUCCAACGAAGACGGAAAGAAAGAGUUUGCAGAUGAAAUCAAAGAAGAAAUGGAAAAGUGUGGACAAGUAGUGAAUGUCAUUGUUCAUAUAAAUGGAUCUGAAGAAGAAGAAGGUCGACGGGUUCGUGUGUUUGUUGAAUUUACGAACAGUGCUCAAGCGAUAAAAGCAUUUGUCAUGAUGAACGGAAGGUUCUUUGGAGGAAGAUCUGUGACAGCUGGAUUCCAAGCUCUCGAUGGAUACAAUAAUAUGACAUUUUGA